AUGGCUACCCACAAGGAAAUGGCGUCCUGCGACCUCGUCGAGCGCGUCUCGUACCAGCUCUCGGUCGACAAGCCGGACCUCAACACCAAUGGCUACGACGAGGCCAAGACGCCGUCGGACCUCGAAGACGGCGCGCUCGUCGCGGGUGGGGCGCUUCCGAUCUUGUCGCGCGAAGCCAUGGCGCUCUUCUCGCAGUACUUUGCCAUCGGGAUCGUCUACGGCAUGAUCCCCGCGCUCAAGAACCCCGUCUUCAACAACUACCUCAACAUGGAAGGGUACCAAACCACGGCCUACGGUGUCCUUGUCACGCUCGGCUGGUCGUUCAAGGUGUUUUAUGGGAUGCUCUCGGACUGUGUCCCAGUCUUUGGCUACCGCCGCAAGCCGUGGAUGGUCCUGGGCUGGGCCGUCGCGACCGUCUGCCUCCUCGUCAUGGCCUUCACCCCAUUUUCCAAGCCGUUCUGCGAUCGCCGGACGUACGAGUGCCCGACGAGACGCCCAAGCGCGAAAAGAUGA